CUGAGCUUCUUUAGUAGUUAGUUACAUAACUCUGUCCUCCUGGUGAGGGGAACAGUCGUCUAGGGGGAAGUAUUUUAAAUGAUAUUUUGAAAAAGGAAUAUUUAUUAAUUUGUAAAGUUCCUCCUUUAUUCUGGCUAUAGUUAAGUUUAACGAAGGUGUCAGUGUCAGUAGUGAACCGGUUGGGUGUGAAUUCGGAAACUCCGUUUUUUCCCCCUGUAACAGACACUGUGUUUCACCUUCGGCCCUCGACUUCUAUUCUGAGUUUCUUCACUCUUAUCUAACUCUUUCUCAGCUUUUCUCCACAUCUCGACCUGAAGGAUGUCUUCAUGUACGUGCAGAUCUGCUGCGAGUCGACUCUUCAGUACAGCUCAUAAAGGUUUUUCACGCUCACACAUUAAGUUCUAUGCUCUCAGUAGAACAGUGACCCAUGAAGUCCAUCUACCUCCUGCAGUGCGAAUCCAAUCGUUCUCAAAGAGUGCUGUGUGUUUCGCUUCAAAAGAGAACACACCGAAAGAUGGCUCUAGUGAAGGGGGAAAGAAAAGUGCAACAGGUACAGUUGGGAAGAGAUCUAUGGGUUCGGGUUUGGGCGGGUCAGGAAAAGGAGGAAGUCAGCUACGCUGCCCCAGAUGUGGAAACAUCUGCACACAGGUGGAGACAUUUGUAUCAUUCACACGUUUUGUGAAAUGUGAAAAAUGCCAUCAUUUCUUUGUGGUACUUUCUGAAAUUGACUCUAAAAAGGGUCUGAACACGGAGGCAGAAUCUGCUGCCGAAGCAGCGGCAUUUUCUCAGAAGCCUCCCCCUCCUCCUAAAAAGAUUUAUGCGUACCUCGAUAAACAUGUUGUUGGCCAGUCAUAUGCGAAAAAGGUUCUAUCAGUUGCAGUGUAUAACCACUACAAACGGAUCAACACCAAUUUUCCAGCAUCAGGUGGACAACCAGUGGGCACAGAGAGGCAGAUCUUUAUCACUCCUCAGGAGCUAGCGAUCAGAAGACGCGAAGACGAAUACAGAUUUGCAAAGCUACUUCAGCUCACUGGAAUCGGCCCACACGGAAUGUCUGUCCAACAACAGGCCACUCAAAAAGCUGCGCUGGAGAAAAGAGGUGGCGUGGUGCUGGACUCUACUCACAAUGACAUCAAACUUGAGAAAAGUAACAUUGUGCUGCUAGGCCCGACCGGAUCAGGUAAAACGCUCUUAGCACAGACUUUGGCUCGGUGUUUGGAUGUUCCCUUUGCCAUUUGUGACUGUACUACGCUGACCCAGGCAGGCUACGUAGGUGAGGACAUUGAGUCAGUCAUUGCAAAGCUGCUGCAAGAUGCCAACUACUCAGUGGAGAAAGCCCAACAAGGAAUCGUGUUUCUGGAUGAGGUGGAUAAGAUCGGCAGUGUUCCAGGAAUUCAUCAGCUCCGAGACGUAGGAGGAGAGGGUGUCCAGCAGGGUUUGUUAAAACUCUUGGAGGGCACUAUAGUGAAUGUUCCAGAAAAGAACAGCAGAAAGAUGCGAGGUGAAACAGUACAGGUAGACACAACCAACAUCUUGUUUGUGGCUUCAGGAGCCUUCAGCGGGCUUGACCGAAUCAUUAGCCGCAGGAAGAAUGAAAAGUACCUUGGAUUUGGCUCCGCCUCUAACAUGGGGAAGGGACGGCGAGCAGCAGCAGCAGCUGAUCUGGCUAAUAGCUCAGGCAGUGAGCUGGACACGGUGGCUGAGAUGGAGGAGAAAGAUCAGCUCCUGAGACAUGUAGAGGCACGUGACCUCAUUGAGUUUGGCAUGAUCCCAGAGUUUGUAGGUCGGCUGCCCAUCGUAGUGCCUUUGCACAGUCUGGAUGAGCAAACACUAGUGCGUAUUCUCACUGAGCCCCAGAACGCCGUGGUGCCUCAGUACCAGGCCCUCUUCAACAUGGAUAAGUGUGAGCUGAAAGUGGAUCCUGAUGCACUCAGGGCGAUUGCCAGACUGGCUCUUCAGAAGAGGACUGGAGCCAGAGGCCUCCGAUCCAUCAUGGAGAAGUUACUGUUGGAGCCUAUGUUUGAGGUGCCACAGUCAGAUAUUGUGUCUGUGGAGUUGGAUAAGGAUGUGAUUUUGGGCAAGGCUGAACCACGCUAUAUUAGAACUUUAUCUAAAGAGACCAUAGAGGAUGAAUCUGACUGUGACAUUGAAGAGGAAAACUGGACAAGACAGGCAGAUGUAGCCAACAACUAAUAAUGCAGCUGGGAAACAUUCAACAAUCUCUUUGGACCCAAAAGCUUAGAAAACCAGAAGCAACAUUGUUCUGUUUUGGAUUAAACAGGACCCCAGUUUCAACCUAAAGCAGAGACAAGAAACCUUUAACAAAUAUAAGCUCAAUAUUAAGAAUUAGACAGACCUCCCUAAUCACCAACUGGUCCUGCAUUCCAUGUAGUUACUUUCCACAGAAAGUAACUACACACAAUCAAGCAGGCUUAAAUUACUUAUGUCUUAGACAGCUAAAAAUUAGGUCAAUGUUUUAUAUAUAUCUAAAAAGAAAUCUGUUUUUCUGAUUGAGUUUUGGUGAAUAUUGGGAAUGUGUCCUCAAAUGGGAUCAUAAAAUGUAUUAUUGGGGCAUACACAGACCAACUUGUCCAUUAUUUAAUAAGAGUAUUUCAGCUUCACUUAACUGGUACUGCUUUUUCUACCUCUUUAUCAAUAGUAAUGAAUGUGAUGCUGCUCUGUGUUUAUCUGCUUUAGACUACCUAUCAUUUAACUAAGAAAGCUGCUGUAGAGGACAGAUUUUUCCAACAAUGUGCAAGCUAUUGCAAAAACAGCACAAGUGACCUUUUUAAAUGUGUUAAUAUGUGCCCUUUUACCCACCCCUCCCUCAUCUUAGCAGAUGUACUGUAUGUUUGAUUUAUAUACAGUAUUACAUAAAAUACUCUUCAAAUUGAAAUAACUGAUGACACAUCAAACCUCAGUGCGGCAUAUGGUUUAGAAAUACUAUCUGUACACAUGCUUGUAUGUUAAAUUUACAACAAUAAGGAAACGUUUGUACACAUUAGUGGUGUACUUUUUUUUUUUUUUUUCCCAAAAGAUUUUAUUGAAAUAGGAUUUCUUCCAUUUCAAAUGUCAGCGAACUACCAAAAAGCCUGUUACUUUGGAAGUUAUACAUCAUUAUUUAAAAAUAUAAAUAAAAGGUGUAUACAUGUAAUAUCUUCUUUUGUGUUAUUGCUGUUUAAACUGUAUUGAUUAAAAAAAUCAAAGAUGGCUAAAAAA